ACAACUCUCAACAUCUCUAGCCUAGCUAUAGAGUAUUUUUGGUGGUGGAAGAAGCCAAAACAUAUGCUCGUAUAUUAAUUGGGCUUUAAUUUCUGAGGGGCAAACAUAUGAUUGACGCUCCUGAGGCUAGCUUGACACAAACAUCGCAGGCAUACUUUCUAGAAGUAAUCUCAAAUGCUACACUCACAGUCAUCAUGUCAAACGCACCAAACAAACAGAGAUCAACUAAUAAUCAUAAAGAAGAGCUACAUAGGAAUAUGGGUGAUCAGCCCAAGACGGCAUACAUAACAGGUGGCGCAAGUGGCAUAGGUCUCGCCCUAUCAACCCACCUCCUAUUCAAGAACUACAAAGUGUUCAUAGCCGACCGCAACACGGCUGGCGCUACACACCUCGCCGACCAGCACAACACGCCUAACAACACCGUCCUCUACUAUGCUACCUGCGACACGUCAAGUUGGGAAUCUCAGCUCUCUGUCUUUCAAGCCGCACUCAAAGCUCUCGGUGGACGCAUCUCCUCGAUACAGCAUUUCCGACGUCAGGAUCUUGUUGUUUGGGGGGAUAGGGGAUCCGAAGACUCGUAUCUCCUGCGCGGCACAAUUGGUCUGGUAGCAAGUGUAUGUGGGUUUUACUGUGUACCCAGUCUACCCAUAUAUACAGCAGCAAAACACGCUUUGAUCGGCUUAACGCGAUCUUACGGCGCAUUGCUCUGGGAAGAGGGUAUCGCUGUCAAUGCUGUGGCGCCGAAUGUUGUCAGGACGGGGAUUAGUGCGGAGGAAUUCUAUCAUAGUCUGGAGAAGGAGAGUUUGUUAACACCGAUGGAUGUGUUGAUGGAAGCUUUUGAUGUCAUGUUGGCGAGAGCAAAGAGUGCAGUAGUGUAUGAAUGUGGUGCGAAGGGUUGGACAGUGAGGGAAGGUGCAGAAUAUUUGGAUGAGGAGAGUGGGAGAUGUUGUGACUUGCUCAAGGAAAGAGGAAGGAAAUUGCAUUAUGGGUUGGAGUAA